GAACCAAAGAGGAAGAGCAGAAAAAGCUCUCAUUAUAAAGCAUAUAUAUAAGAAUAAUGGUUUCGAGAGAACACAAGAGAGGUUCAUCUCUUCGUGAGAAGAUUCAUUUGCUUCGUUCAAUCACUAAUUCUCAUGCUGAGAGUGAAACAUCGAUCAUAAUGGAUGCAUCAAAAUAUAUCAAAAAGCUUAAGCAAAAAGUCGAAAAAAUCAACAAUGGGACCUCAUCCGAGCAAUCAUUCCGCGACCCUUCCGAUUCAAACCCUACGGUUACAGUGGAAACCCUAGAGAAGGGGUUCAUGAUAGAGGUAAUGUCAGGGAAGAAUGAGGCAGGGAUGUUGGUUUGUGUUCUUGAAACCUUCGAAGAUCUUGGACUUGAUGUUGUUGAAGCUAGGGUUUCAUGUACAGACACAUUUAGCUUACAUGCCAUUGGUUCAUCAGAUAAUGAUGAUGGAGACAGGAUGGAUGCUGAAGCAGUGAAACAGGCAGUGGCAGAAGCGAUCAGGACCUGGAGUGAUAGUCAUCAUGCAUGAUCCAAAAUGGCUAUAGACCAGAUCAUAGUAUUCAUUCGUAUCUACUAUAUAUAUAUUUAUACAUUUGUUUGACCUUAAAAGAGGCAUAUGAUUACGCAAAAAAUAAUAAUU